GUGAGAUCUAGACAUGAUGGUUUGGGUGGCCUGAGAUUCGAAUCUUACUCAACACCACCAUCACGACAGUGGUUGUGUUAGGCCAUUUCCAUCUCGUCUUUGUCCGCGCUUCACAGAGAGGUGGUUUCGCAGUCGAAACUGCCAAGGCGCGUGCAGAUUCCUCGUGCAUCUCCCCAGUUCACGUUGUGCUUAACGACUCAAGAGAAAUGAAUGUCCUCGUCUACUCAGGACCGGAGGUACUGGCAUCCUCAGUCUCGCAUUGCAUCACGUCCCUGCGCACCAUUCUUGUCCCUAACUACGCGGUGCAAAGCAUCACAAAACAAUUGCUAUCCUCUCAAGCAUGGCUGGGAAGCUGUGCCUUGCUCGUCUUCCCCGUGUGCAGAAGCGCUCCCAUCGACCCCGCUCUCAGAUCGACUGUCGAACGCUAUGUCCAGGACGGUGGCAAACUGCUGACAAUCGGUGCGACCGUCAAACUGCAGUCGCGCGAGGCAAUCUCGGCUGCUGGACUGCAAGAGCGAUUGUCCAAGAUGACGCUUUCCCCGCAGAACACUGCCUUGGUGUUCUCGGACAAGCCUUCGGGCAACAAGGUGUCCGUAUCUUUCGAGGGUCGCACUAUCGAGAACGCGCAGCUCGCAACGGUAUCGCUGGGUGAUCUGCGCGUCCACGGACUGCCGCGCGUUGGAAGCUUCGAAGGUAUCGAUGGUGUGGGCUCCGCCAUGCUUGAGCCUCUGGCGCAUAUCGUGGAAGAUGAAGCACGUACAAGCGUUGCGACGGCGAAGCUAUCAUACGGGAAAGGUUGUGCAAUACUCUGCGCCUGCCUCGUCGACCAUCCGCUCACAGCAGAGCCGCUUAAACCUCAGCUCACGCGCCCCCCUUCGUCGAUGUCCGACGACCAGGUGCAGAACGCGGAACACCAACGCCAGCAGCUCCUUCGGUGUACACUGGAAUUGCUAGGACUCGUCCCCCCGGAGAAGACAUCAAAUUCUCUCAGUCCGCUUCCACAAUUUCUGACGUGUCCUCCGGCGAAGCCAUGGGUUGUGGAUCACGUACUGGCUGCGUUGUCAAACAAACCGCUUCUAUCCGACAGACCGAUCGUCCUGCAGGACAGCAAUGAUACAUUUUAUUACUAUCUUGCCUCCGAGGGUUGGCAAAUCCUCGACAAGGCUCGCCAGGAAUCUGGAAGACGAACGGAUCCGUCGCUGUGGAAUCCGAAACACGUUCUAGUCUACCGCGAUGGCCUGCUCCCUUCGGCAGAACAAACGCCUCUCUUCAAUGUGAGAAAAUUCCACGAAGAGCUGGCUCCAGCUCGGCGCAACGCCGGUCUUCACGACCAGGAAGAUGCAUGGGGAAUGGGCGAAGCCUUCCUCUAUGGAGAGGUAGUCACAAGCACGCAAACUAUGCUCGACAAGAACACUCGCUUACUCUCAUCGAUCCCCACGCCGCUAGUCUCCCUCGCCUCCCAUCAACUCGCCGGGCGUGGACGCGGGACAAAUAUCUGGCUCUCCCCCUCAGGUUGUUUACAGUUCUCCCUACUCCUUCGCGUCGCCCUCUCCGACUUCCCUGCGAGCAAGCUCGUCUUCGUACAGUACCUCUUCGGUCUCGCCGUCGUAGAGGCGUGCAGAGACGACGGCGUUCUCGGAAAAGAAGGCAAACGGGUUAGGCUGAAAUGGCCGAACGACGUGUAUGUAGUGACAAGCGACGGGGAGAAAAAGAAGAUCGGCGGCAUUCUUGUUAACACCAGUUUCUCUGGCGGGAAGGUGGACAUCGUCAUCGGCAGCGGGUUGAAUGUCUUCAACCCUCCACCGAUCCAAUCUCUCCUGCAGCUCGUCCCUUCCCAAUCUGACAUCUCGUUGACCAUGGAACGCACCGCCGCCAUCAUCCUCACCAAGUUCGAAGGACUAUGGACCACGUUCCUCCAGCACAAGGGCUCCUUCGAGCCCUUCCUAGACCUCUACUACGACAGAUGGCUGCAUUCGGAUCAACUCGUGGAGUUGACAACCGUGACACCACCUCAAAUGGUUCGCAUCAUCGGGAUCACGAGCGGCCACGGGUUGCUGCGCACGAUGCCCGAGAGGGACGGUUGGUCGGGAGGUGGCGGUGGGACGUACAUUGAUCUGCAACCUGACGGCAACAGCUUCGACCUCAUGGCUGGCCUUAUCAAGGCGAAGACACUGUAGUUUGGUAACAGAUAGAAACGUUUGUAACAUCAUUUGUAUGAUACCAGCGACGCCAGCUGCGGGAAAGACGAAGAGAGAAUCUCACUGCAGAGCCAGUGAUACUUAGUCA